AUCGACGGUCACAUUGGCUGUGUUUUCAAAACAACGUGCUAAACAAAACAAUUAUGGUUUUGAUUUCUGAUGCUUUUGGCUUGGAUGUAUCCCCCGAUUGCAUUCUGGUUGGUCAUGGAGAUCAGGCAGUUUUAUACAGUUCAAAUGGCAAAGUCGAAGUGCCGGCUAGGCUGCGUCAAGGAAAAGUUCGUGGAUUUGCGUGGAGUUCCUUAAAUCAAUCGCAAAAACUAUUAUUGCUUUACAGCGAAAAUGAAUACUCGCUUAUUAUUUGCAAUUAUGGUUCUGAAAAGGAGCAGCUUAAACUGAUUUACGAAGGCGAAACCAAAGACUGGAUUAAUGCUGCUAUGUUUCUAAAUGAUGAUAAUUUAACAGAUAAAAAGCGGUUUGUUCUACACACAGCACAUAGUGCAAUUUUAUAUGUGGAAUUUGAUACAAAAUCAAGUGCAGACUGCCACGUUUUGGAAUUAGCCAAGUGCACUGAUAGUUCCAUACUUUACUACACUCGUUUGCACGGUAAUUGCUAUAACAAGCUAGCAAUAAUAAGCGGAAAUGCUUUUGGUGAAUUGUUAGUUUGGCAAACGCAAAGUGCCUUAAAAACCGAAUCAGAAUCUUCCAUAAAAAUAUAUCCCCUACUUUUGCGUCUCCAAGCACACAAUGGAGUCAUUCACUCGAUUGAUUUUAAUCUGGAAUCGCAAUUGCUGGUAACAACAUCCGAUGAUCGUUCGGUAAAGUUUUGGAAUAUCCAAAAGUCUGAGGACUGGUCAACAGUGAAACUAAAGCCAAUGUUUAGUUGCUUUGGACAUGGUUCACGCGUUAUGUGUGUUAUCAUAUUUAAAAUUGAUGAUAAAAUGUUAGUUGCCAGUGGCGGUGAGGAUUCCUACGUCUGCGUUUGGAGUUGUUCUGGCGACUUGUUACUGAAACGUCGUCAACAUUUUGGAGCACCAAUUUGGAGGCUAGGCUUUAGUGAGGAGACAUCCACACUAUAUAGCACUAGCUCUACUGGUAAUUUAAUUGGACAAAACCUUCAAGAAGUCGUUAACCGCUCAAGAAAUAUCCCUACUAUGCUAAAUAGUUUAGGUUCCACAAAUGAGUUUGUCAGAAAUAUCAAGUUUCUUAAUGAUAAUAUAAUCGUUGGCUUGAGUAGCUCAAAUCAAUUGUACUAUACUCGAAUAACGCCGAAUUCCUCGUCCUCGAAUAAUUGGCUCAUUGUUAACGAUUUUCCGACUUACAAACGGACAGUCUUAGAAGUUUUUGAUGGUGUUAUUGCCACUUGUGGUCAUCGACGAAUAACAAUUCACAGGUUUAAUGCGGAAACAAAUAAAUUUGAAAUGCUUUUUGAUGGCAUCAGGAUGAAGGGCACAAUUCGUUCUUUCCAUUUUUUGAGCAAAGACGAGUAUCUUGUAUCUGAUAAUUUGGGUUAUUGCCUAUUACUUAAAUCACACGAGCUUAGCAUAGAUUCUCAUAUUGCACUUUUUAAUGACCGUGAGCCAUGGAUAACAGCUGCUUUGCUGAUUUCCGAAAAAUAUCUUCUCCUGAGCAAUCGUAAAGGUCAUGUAAUGCUCUACCAUCGUAGUAAUGGAAACGACUUUUUACUAAAAGAUACAAUUAAGUAUCUACAUGGUAAAAUGGGUUGCAAUUUCUUCAAGUUGCUAAGUGUUAACAAGGAGAGUGCCUGUGUUAUGAGUGGUGGUCAUGAAGCCUUUCUUAAAUACCUGCACGUAAGCUUAAGUGAUUGUACUUUAAGUGUUAGCCAGCGUGAAAGUAUUCCACUGUCUUGGCUUGAAGCAUCUCCUUCCGAGGACCUAAUUUUAGGCUUUAAUGAUAAUCACAUUGUUGCUUGGUCCCGUCAAUAUGAUGUCCUGCUGCAAUUGGCCUGCGGCGGCGGCAAUCGAUGCUGGGACUACCGACUGAGUAGUAAUUCGCUCAGCAUAGCGUAUGUCAAGCAAAAGCGUGUGUUUUUCUAUCGAAAUUCACUCUACAAUGCAGUCGGUAAUCAAAUCGAACACAUAAAACACAAUACGUGGCACACACGCAAUUGCAAUACAAUUCGACUCCUUACGCACAAAAAUCAAUCGCAUCCUUUCAUUAUCUCCGCUGGCGAUGAUAAUAUCAUUAAGGUGACGAAAGUAAUUGAUGACUCGCUAUUUCAAUGUGCAGAACUGCACUCACAUAUCUCAACUGUUCGCUAUUUACAAACACAUAUGUACAAAUCGGAGGAAGAGUCAAGUACAUGGUUCAUUUUUUCGGUUGGAGGACGAUCACAGCUCUGCAUUAGCCAACUGAAUAUAAACAUAUCCAAUAGGUGCCACACAACAGAACUGUGUACUCAUACACUGCAAUACCCAACUUUAUCCACAACAAGUACUAUUGAAGCUCGGCUAAUGGCAAUCGAUAUUGCCCAGCACUCAGAGAAGAAAAACUUUUCAAUAUAUGUAGCAGGAGCUGAUGGAAAAAUUAGUCUUUAUAAUUGGGAUUCAGAAAAUCCCUCCAGCCUCGAUUUGAGAACUUUUGUAGAUAUAAAGAGAUGUCCGCUCAAUGUACAAUGGAUAAGUAGCAAAGAAAUGUUAUUGAUCACAACAACGAAUGGAGAAGUGUACGGAUUCGAUCAAUCACUACAAUCAGUUUCUGUCCAACUUCAACUCCAUGUGACGGGAAUAAAUACAAUAGACAUAUACGUUGAUAAAAACCUCUUGCACAUUUUGUCAGGAGGUGACGAUGAAAAUAUCAAGUACACUGUACUUAAUUUGGACAACAAUAGUGUGGAACAUAAAUCGGAAUUUUCGGGUCUUCACAAUGCCCAAGUAAAUGCCUUGGCAAUACACUGUCCCAAACUAACCACCGAGAAAACCGAAAUGUUUGCCUAUACCUGCAGUAUAGAUAGACAGAUCUAUAGAAUAAACCUGAAAACCCAACAAUAUAGUCGAGUUGGGUACACGUGCAUAUCGGAUGUCAAAGGAAUGCUCAUCGAUGAAAACCAGCGAAUGUACUUUUACGGAUGCGGAUUGCAAAUUAUAAGCAAAUAUUAAUUCCUUUUUAAAGUGCAUGUUUUAUUGUAUUGACUUAGUGUUUAUUUUUCAACAUAUGUACAUAGUGUUAACAGUGGAAAAGAGUUAUGAAAAACACGAAUUGCCUAAGCUGUCAUUGUUAUUGUUAAACUUGAAAAGAUCGUGCCGUU